UGGUGCUGGGCCCUGUUGACAAAGAGUUGCUAUGGAUGGUGAGUGGCUGCCCUUGGUGGUGGAGGUGACCGGCUUGCUCCAGGACCCAGCUUUCCACGUAGCCAAGUGCGCAGCAGAGGCGCUGAAGCUGAAGUUUCCAAGCAAGUUUGCAGAUCCUGUAGUACAUCCUUUAUUAGAAUUUGCAUGGAAUGAAUAUUUACAGAAGAAAAAGAAGGAGCUGAGAGGCGAGGUGUGGGGAUACGCCUCCUGCGUGAUGUGCUUUGUUAAUGGAAGGCUGCUGGGCGAUGAGAAGGAGUUGCUCAAGUGGGCCUACUGCAAAUGGGGCUACCACGAUUUUAAGCCUGAGGCCCUUUACCAAGCAAUCACGGAGGAUUUCUACACCAAACACCUGAAGAGCAGCCAGGCAAGUAACGUGGUUUUACAAGACACGUUUGUGUAUUUGGACAUAACCAUUGAGGAGCAGCCCAUUGGGACACUUCUGUUUGAGCUCUUUUCUGAUGUAUGCCCCAAAACCUGUGAGAAUUUCCGUGCUCUGUGUGAAGGAGGAGUGAUGUCUGCCAGCAGUGGUCAAGAGCUCACUUACAAAAAUUCCUAUUUUCAUCGGUUUGUAAAACCCGUGUGGAUCCAAGGAGGAGACAUAACUGGGAAAGGAGAUGGAGGAGAGUCAAUUUAUGGUCCCACAUUUGAAGAUGAAAACUUUGCCAUCCCUCACAAGGGAAGAGGAGUCCUUGGGAUGGCUAACAAGGGCCGCCACAGCAAUGGCUCCCAGUUCUACAUCACGCUCCAGCCAGUUCCCUACCUGGACAAAAAAUGUGUGGCUUUUGGGCAACUGAUUGAGGGCACAGAGGUUCUCCAGCAACUGGAAACUGUACCGACGUAUAAUGAAAGGCCCAGAGUGGCCUGCAAAGUUACAAAGUGUGGGACUUUCCAGCCAUGAUCACCAACUGGUUUGCAGCAAGGUAGAGCACUGAUUUCUGCUCAGCUUUUUACAGACCUUGACGGCUUUCAUGUAAGAUAAAAUAAACACUUCUCGCAAA